CCGAAAAAGAAAUGCAUAAUUUUGCUGAAGAAUCAUAGAAUUGCUCAACGUUAAAGAAGUAAUAGAUUUGUCUUAACACAACAUCCAAAAGAAAAAAUAUUGUAAGGAAGUUUAAAAAUGUAAAAAAGUGUAGAUUAGAAGUAUUUUAAAAGGUAUAAAAAAUUACUGAAGUUGAGUGAAAAGGUGGUUUACACCACAAGGUUUCUUAGAAUUCGGUGAAAAAUAAUAAUCGUAUAAGUGUUAGGGAACACAUUCGCAAUUCUUAAUAUGGACAGCGCAUUGCAGAGCAAUACUGGUGACGAUAGUGAUAAUGAUGUAGUGACGGAUUUUCUUAAUGUUAAUGAUUCUUCCGUCUAUAAGGCUGCGGACACUAUUAACUUGGGAGAUGAUCACUUAAAUUCGUGCGCAACGCAUUUGGAGAAUAAUAUCGCUAAAAUGGACUGCAAUUCUUUAAUACCACCACAGGAAAAGGAAGAAAUGCAAGCUAUGACAAAAGACAACACCAGCAACUGCAGCACACAUCCGAAUAAUUUAUUAAAUAAUAAUAUUUUUGGCAGUAAUAUGAUACCCACUAUUAAUGUUACCCACCACAGUGCUGCAAAUGCUCUCAAAUACAACAGCAUAUUUGAAGACACAUUGACACAAUUGCAGAACAUACGUGAAAGUGUGGUGCAAAUGAAAAACUCAAGUAUUCCAAUGUACGAUAGUCUUUCCACUUGCGGUUUGGUCCACUCUUCCAUUCUUAGUGCUUCGUUGCCAGAUUUGAAUUCAUUUAUUCACAACGGAGGAUCUUCAAAAAUUUUUAAUGGUUCACUGGGAUGUCACUUUUUAAUGGCUCAGCAACGUCAACCGCAGCAAUGUUCAGUAAACGCUGAUCGCCGCAAAUCGUGGACUGCUAUUAAUGAUCUUGCACCGGUUGUUGAUAGCACCAAUAAGAGCAUGAGCCUAUCGAGUUUGGACAGUGAGGAACAAGAAGCAAUUCGUGUGACCGAACAACGUCGACGUUCUGCUCGUAACAGCGCUGGAGGUAUCUCCACGCAUUCAUUAAACGAGGCUGAGUUGGCUCGAGAUUUCGAAAGAAUGGCAGGCAAGCGAAAUUUGGCAGCUGAUGUUAUAAGUCGUAUACCUUUACAAAAAAGCAUUUCUACUUCGUCAAUUGUAGCGAAAGAUGAGAUUAAAGUAAUUGCUCGUCAUUUAACUGAUAGUGAAGAUGAAAACCAAAGUCUAUUAAGGGCUCAUACGAAAAUUGAAGUGUAUGAUAACGUAGAUAAGCGUCGAAAAAGGGGCUCGUUAUUUUUUCGCAAAAAGAAAGACAAAACUAAAAUGAAAACAAUUGGUGGACAGAUUAUUUCGUGUGAUAUGUGCGGUGUGAGUAUUAAUCUAAACACCCUAAAAGACCAUCAAUUUGAAUGCAAAGGUAAAAAAGUAGGAAGUGUUUAUAAAAAGGGUGAAAAAUCCGACAGCAGUCCUAUGUUCGAUUACUAUGAUGGGCCCGAUCAGACGGCAAAUUACAGCGAAGAUGCGCCGCUAAUAAAAUCGGAGUUCCCAAAUGAAGCUCGCAUUGAGGCUCAUGAUUUAGGCGCCGAUCGUGUGUUGGCUAUUGACUUGGAAGAGCAUGAUUCUUGGUCACCCGGUGUUCCAAGAGAUAUAUUGCAAUCAAUGAAAGAACAGCAAAUCAAACGUCAAGAGCACAUUUACGAAUUUAUUAUGACUGAAAAACAUCAUUGCCAAACUUUGUUGGUUAUGCAGAAAGCGUUUGUGGAAAGUUUAGAAAGACAUUUUCCAAGCUUGAACUGCAAUAAAAUGUUUCCCCGCUUAACUGAGCUUACAGAAUUGCAUACAGACUUUUUAAAGAAAUUGCGUCUUAAACAAAGGGAACAGCAUGUUGUUGACAGCAUAGCUAACAUAUUAUUGGAUUUCUUUUCCUUGGAGAAGAUUCGUUUGCGUUUGGCCUACGGUGAAUUUUGUGCUAAUUAUCGAACAGCUUUAGAACUCUAUAAGUCCUGCGAGACAAACCAAGAUUUUUUAGCGUGGUAUAGGCAUUGCCUAACAAAUAAAUUACUAAAGAAAAAAGGCAUUCCAGAGUGCAUCUUGUUUGUUACACAACGUCUAACUAAAUACCCGCUCUUGAUAGAUCCUUUGCUCAAGAGUGCCCGUGAUGACGAACUGGAGACAAAAAAGUUACAAGAGGCUUUGUCUCUAGUCAAAGAAUUGCUUUUUGAUGUGAAUGCAUGCGUAGAUGAAAAGGAAUUAAGGGACCGUCAAAUUGACAUCUGUAAUUGCAUUGACAAUAAAUCAUUCGCAAUUUAUAAGAAUAAGCCCUUCCGAAAAAGCGACGUUGCCGUCGAAUCGCGUCGGCGGCUGAAGUUCGAAGGCUCGGCUACGCUGAUGCAGGGGCGAGCAAAGAUACAGUCGGUUUUAGUAAUGGUACUAACUGAUUGUUUGUGCUUCCUUACUGAGAAUUCCGCUCACAACAAGUAUAUGUUCUUUACGCCCGAACAUAAGGCCGGUGUAGUGCCUUUACAGAAGUUGUUAAUUCGCGAAAAAGCUGGGACUGAGUCUCGUGGCAUCUACAUUAUUUCUUCAAACCCCUUAUAUCCAGUUCAAAUGUAUGAACUGAAAAUUCAGAAACCUAAGGAUAAAAAUAUAUGGAUAGAAUCGAUUAGACGAGCCGUACGAGAUUGCCCUCUAAGCGAUAUAAUCGAAGCAGAGGAUUACACAGUCGAGCAAAAGUUACGUAUUGGUGUUAAUAAGCGCGAGAUCAUCGAAAAAAUGCGCCAAAAAGACAUUGAACAGGCUUUGCUGCUAGAAGAAAAAAUUAUUUUGCUUUUAAAUUUGAUUCAAAACGAUCAAAAACUUUUCACCUCUCAUGACGUAGAACAGCAACAGUCCAACGCAGUUACAAAUAUGAAUGCUGCCCAAUUUUUGGCAGCCUUUGGAUCUUAUAAAGACAUCAGUGUCGGUGUUGAUUGCGAUACAAGUGAGGUAUGGAAGAAAGUGUUGACUACAGUUCAAGAAAUAAGCCAGUUAGCCGGUUCUGUUUACACUGCAGCCACAGGUCAACCAGUAUCUCGUUCUGUUAGUUCAGUGGGGGAGAAGCAAAGCGAGACGUAUUUGUCACCUACCCUACCUAAAAGAGCAGAAACCUUUGCAGGGUUUGAUGAGAAGCGGGCCAAGAAUACCUUCACUUCUCGUGAUAUAAACAAAUAUACAUUACAAAUAAUGACUCCUCGCCUGCAGGAAUUAGAAGAGAAAAAGAGCUUAAAAAACACUUCAGUUACGGCCUUGCCCUUAUCACCUUCCUCUCAUGCAACCGAUCUAUUUACGUUAUCUGCCGAACAUAAUUUAGAAAGUUCGGCAAGUAGCGGUAGCUACAUCAACGAUACCAAAGAUCACAACUUUGCUUUUUUGCAAAUUACCCAUAAUUUGCACACACUGCUUUGCAUAAUUUCACAACAGAUGACUGCAAUUCAAAGCCUUCAAUUGCAGUGGGCUCUGUAUAGAGAAAAUCCAAAGGCCCCUAAUACGCACAACGACCAGCUGGAAGAGUUACGUAAUCUGCAAGAUAAAUUACAAGAAGAAAAAACCUUGUGGAUGCGCCAAAAGGAACAUCAAGAACAAGAGUUGGCUGAAAAGAAGCAAAUUUUAGAUAAAAUACAAGAGCAAAUAAAAAUGGAACAAGAAGACAUUAAACAACAACGUGAGCAAUUGUAUCGUAAGAUGGAGCUUCUAUCUAAUCAGGGGUUGUUGUUAUCACCGAAUACACCUUUAAUGCUAUCUAGUCCUUUAGUGCAAUUAACAACAGGCAGUAUUAUGGAUAUUGAGGGUACUGAUUUUACUAAUGAUAGCACAAUUACGACUUCAGUGGAUACUGUAGGAUCAACUACCGUAGCAUCAGCAAAUUCAAAUACAGUCGACCGUCGCAAAGAUAAAUGGCGUACUGCUUCAACUAUAUCCAAAGCUCCUCCAGUCAAUCUAUUGAGUGCUGCUAACGCCCCAAAAGUACAAUCUAACGUUGUAAAACAACAAAUCCCGAUAAAAUUAUCAUCUCUUUCAUCUGUAGCCGUAAGUAGUGCAAGUUCUUUCUCGCCCAACAAAGUGGAUAAAUCGAUGAAUUUUAAUUCAAUUGCCGCACCAUUAGCAAACAGUUCACAUUCCACAAUUUCGUCAGCUGGAAUAACCCAAAUAUUUCCACUGAAAUUGGCCGAUAAACGUCCUAUAACUCCUCAAACAGGAUCCCAACACGCACGUACUGGUAGCUCACCUGCUAUUAUUCAACAAGUUCAAACUCAAAUGAAUAUAAACAACACUUCGCUGCAUGUAAUCGGUGAUUCUGUUCAUAGUUACGAUCAACGUUGUUUUUUACGCGGUGGAACUAAUACCAAUACAAGUAAUUCUGCUUCUAGUAGAAUUAUAGCGCCGAAUGCGGCGGACAAUACCAAAAUUUUACGUGAAGGCAUCGUAGCCAGCGCAUCCUCAACCUCUUCAGUAUCAACAUCUUCAUCACCAGCUACAACCAUCUCAGCAAUAAAGCACGGUCAAACUGAAGAAAAGGAAAUCUAUUUUUGACGUAAGUUUUCUAAGGAAGUAGAAAUAUAAUAAAUGUAAGAUAUAUUUAAUAAUCUGAAAUAUAUUUAACCAACUAAACUAAAGC